AUGGCCGGUCCGCCCGCCUCCCGCUCCGAGCUGCUGCGCCGGCGCCGCGACGAGACGAUCGCCGACCUGCAGCAGAGCCACGACGCACACCUGGCCAGCAAGCCGCAGUUCGUGCCCUGCGAUGACGGCCGCGACCGGUGCGACUCGGCUGCGGGUCAGCGGUACCAAUCGCGGACGCACAUGCUAGCCUUUCGUGCUGCCGACGCGACGCAGGCGUCCGUGUGCGCGGCGGGCGGAGAUGCAACCUCCUCGUACCACCCGUCAGUCGCCGGCCACCUCCCUCCGCGGCGGGACGACGCCGGGUACGCCCUCAUGGUCACCUCUCUCAGCCGGCCGGACGCAAAGGACCCCACUCUCGCGUGGGUGGAGGAUCCUCUGGUGGCGAGCCGAUCCGAGCUGGUCGCCAAGCGGCGGGCCGAGGCGGCCAGGGACCUCGUCGCCUCCGCGGAGCAACCGCACAGGCCAGGUGCGGACCAGCGGCGGCGGCAACGGAUCGAGGAGGCGGUCGCAUACCUGCAGCGGGCGCCGCAAGGCAGGUCGCGACGGGAAAUGAUGGCGGAUCGGAGGCGACGGUGCGUCGAGGAGUCGCAGGCGACGGUCGCGGCCAGCUCGCUCGCGCGCGAGGAGCGCGCGCUCUACGCCCGGCAGGCGCGGCCUUUUUGGGAGCUGCAGCGCGAGGCCGAGGCGGAGGGCGGGCGGGGCGAGGAGUACGGAGGGGUCCCCUCAUCGGGCGUGUCGUCUCACGAGGAGCUGCGCGCGAGGAGGAUGUGGUGGGCCAAGCCCGAGGUCUACUCCGCCAUCGGCCGACCUCCCCUCGCCGCCGACCCCUUCAAGAUCGACCAGGAGGGGCCGGAGCGCGCCGCUGGUAGCGGGAGGAAGGCUGCGCGGCCGCCAGACGAGAAGCUCACCUCCGCGCCGGCGCCGCCCCUCGAGCCGCGGCCAAAGCAGGUCAAGGUUGGCAAGGAGACGAAGCCCACCACCCUGAAGCGCUUCACCGACGCCAUCCUCAUCUUUCGGGAGCCCGCGGAGGAGCAGGAGGGCGGCUCGCGCAGAGAGGGCAUCGAGUUUACCGCGCCGCUCUACUCCUCCUUCCAACGAGACGGCGUCUUUAGGGAGCCGCGGCUCCCAAAGCACAUCCACUCCAAGGCGGAGCGGGAGGCGCGCGCAGAAGCGGCGGCGGCGGCGGCGGCAGCGACGGCGGAGCGCUCUGGCGCGAGCGGCCCCGCUGGGGGCGAUGAGCAGCUUGGCGAGCUGACAAGGACGUGGGCGGGAAGCACCGGCGGCAGCACUAUCGCCGAGGCGAUGCGCGCCUCCGGGUCGCAAGGCCUCUCCGCGACGCUCUCGAGCCGUUUGGCCACGCCAAUUGUGCCCGUGCCGCACGCGCAGCGGAUGGCGACCCUCCUCAGCAGCAGCGAGCCGGCGACGAGCCGCACCGUCCGCAGCGGUGGGUUUGGCAGCAGCAGCCUGCGGCCGCGGCCGCAGUCGUCGAGGAGCUAG